AUGUUUCGCCUUGCGGAGAAAGGAGACAGAAACCUCGACCACCGCCACGUAGAUCUCAUGAAGGCCGAAUCCCAGACCAAGAAGAUCACCAACUACAUCCGCCGCAGCGUCAAAGUCUUUGUGCGUCUGCGCGAUACCGUUACUGAGCUCUUGAAAGAAGCCUUGGGCCUAGCGAUCAAAGCGGGCAGGAUAAUGCUCGAGUUUGCCAAGGAGCAUCCCGUCUUUGUUACCAUCAUCGCCAUUGGCGUGAUGGUUAUCGUUGCCCCUUGGGUUAUUGAGGCCCUUGGCUUUGGCGAACUUGGACCUAUUGCCGACACCUUUGCCUCCUGGUGGCAGGCGCGAUAUGCCGGAUACGUUCCCAAGGGGUCUCUCUUCUCCUUCCUCCAGUGGCUGGGAAUGACUUGGAAAUGA